AUGAGACAUUUGAGAGCACCCAGUAUGGAAGUUCAUGUGAAUCAUUUGAUGCAUGAUGCCCUAGCAAGAUAUACGCGAUUGCCGUACAUUACAGUCAAUUCUAUGGCUGGUCCAGCGCUAGGCGGCGGUACAGGAAUCAUUACGGCAUUCGACUAUGUCUGCAUAGCGUCGACUCCAUAUCAUCAGUCGCAAAAGGCAUUAUUGAUAUUCGGCAGUGCACCCAAGGUUGAUUCUGCAAUGGCAAAAGAGCUGGGACUAGCCGACGUAGUCAUGAUAUCAACGACGACGGCGAUGAUGACACGUGAUGCAGAUAUAUCAUAUAUGAUGUCUGCCUCAAAGCAAGCACGACGUUCCUCUUUAACGACCGAACCCAUGAGCGCGUGA